UUUAUUCCAACCAACUACCUUCAACCACAACAUAUGGAUUAAAGACCCCCAUCUUUCCGCUUGAUUAUUUCUUUAUAACAACCAGUAUUAGUGUUUCUCCCCUCCCCUUGGUAUCCCCCUGAAUAUGGCUUUGGCAGACAGAAGACCUCUUAAUUUUCCUGAGUCCUCGACCCCAGCGUCCCCUUCGUUUAAUCCUAAAACGCUCAACCUAGUAUCCUCCUCGAAUGGUUCAUCUUCCGUUAACGGCAGUUCCGAUCCAAUAUUGGCUGGUGCUACAAGUUCUGUGUCCUCUGACACCUUUACUUACAAGUCAAAGGUGAAUGAGAUCAAGGGUAAAUUUGCUGAAGGUGAAGUUAAGCCUUUGACUCCUGAAAAAAGUCUUAGCCCCGUUGAAUUAUCCCCCACUCUGAGAAGUAUUUCUCCGGAUUCUUUAAUGAACCCGGACUCUUUAACUAGAUUGAAUUCGAGCUCCAGUAGCUCUACUUCUCCACCAUCUUAUGGUGCCGUUCCGAAGAAAAUUAAAACUUCGAGUAGAGCCCCUAUCGCUACCGGUAUUUCCACCACUAUCCCGGUGACUGGUGAAAAACCUAGACCAGAACAGAAAAACGAUGCUUCGUUGCAGGACGACGUCUUGUAUGCAAUCUUUGUGAUCUUGUAUGAGAAAGACCCAGAGGGUCAAGGCAUGACUGUGAAGCAAAUCUGUGAUACGUUGGUUGAACAGCACCCUGAGAUGGCUAACCUUUCCACAAAAACUUCCAAUCUUGUCAGUGCCAAGUUAAAUGCAUAUGUCAAGAGAGUGGAAAAAGGUGAUGCAAACUUGAAGUAUGCCUUGUCCAGAGAUUGGGCCGAUGCUUCUCCAAAAAGAAUGGUUUAUGUUUACCGUGGUCUUUUGACUGAUGAUUUCCACCUUCAUGUCAAGAGUGCCAUGGAAAUUCAAAAGCAACAACAACAACUUAAUCAAGUUAAUGUUUCUUCUUCCUUUGGAAGUAAUGGUGGUGAAUUUGGUGGUAAGAAAUUGGAUGUUCUUGGUGGCAGUUUAGCUACUUUGCCUCACCAACUGUUAGCCCAAUCAAACCAACAACCACACAUAAAACCAAGAAGACAAACAAUGUAUGACUUGGGGGUUACCAAGAACACAUUCUUGGAUACUCCCAUUGACAAGGCUAACUUGUUUGUUCCUUACUCGUCUGCUCCAGUGACAGCAUCUUUUGCAAGAAACAAUGAUAACAAUAGCGAUGGCAACAACAGCAAUAGCUUGAAUAUCAGAAAGGGCACAGAUGAAGCUGGAAAUGAUGAUAACCAUAGCUCUAACGAGUCACCAACAAUGUCCAAGAUGGAUAUGUCUGAUAUGGAAUUUGAAGACUUUGAAGUUUUUGAUGACAAUGAUGAGGAUGAUGAUAUGGCUGACAUCGAAUCUUUCAAAGCUUUCAAUAAGGCUAAACGUUCGAAAUCUUUGUCUUACCUUACAAUGAACAAGAAACCUCGGAUUCUCACAGCUGCUGCAGCUGCUCCAAGAGCAUCUAGAGCCCCUUCUUCACAUAGUCCAAAUGCAGCCGCUGCAGCAGCUGCUCUCCAUGCUGCAGCUAUCAAGGCUAUGUUGCAAAAUCACAGUACAUCUGCAACUACUUCCUCCACCACAUCAGCUUCAACCGGCUCUUCACCUGCCACUUCAGACGCUAGCUCAUCUGAAACAACAAUUAAGACCGCUUCCAGUCUUGAAAACAAGAAAUGGCUCAACGUUGUCAGAUCUGGAUUCUUGACUCAGGAUAUCGGUACCCCUGAAGACAUUAGUUUGUCGGACUUGGAUAAGUUCUUCAACUGAUUUUUCCUCUCCACGAAUGGUUUAAUUUCUAUUUACGUAUUUCAAAAAAAAAUCGGCGUUCUCUCUUACUCUCUUCUUACCACGUUUUAAAAGAAAAAAUGUUUUAAAAACAAAAGGAACUUAAUUCCUUUGUUGGAGGUCUCUUUCUUUUUAUGGCCUCCAUUGUGUAUACUAAAAAAUUACUAACGGGUUUAUAAUGAUUUGACUGUAGGUUUGUUUAUAAUUUUCUCUAUUAUUGUACAUCUAUCUUACAUACAUU